CGUCCAUUACAGGUUGUCUUUUUAGACGAUUCACCUCAAAACCUUAAACCAGCUAAAGAGAUGGGAAUGACAACAAUUCUUGUUAAAAGUCCUAUCACAGCUCUUAAGGAGUUGAAAGAAGUAACAGGGAUUGAUGUAAGUUAAUAUGACGGUACGCUUUUGAUAUAAAAAUAUUAAGAUUUUGCGUUCAUUUGUCCUAAGUAAGUCAUGUAAUCAGUCUUUUUGUAAGCACUCAGUCAGUCAGUCACUUACUGAGUGAUUCACCAGGUCAGUGAGUCAGUCGGAAAAUCAGUCAGUGAGCUGAUUAGUAAGUCAAUAGUAAGUUAGGCAGUGAGCGGGUGUGCUCACCAUUUGUCAGAACUUGCCCACCAGACCAGUCCAGUUGCAAAGAGAAUUCCUUUAAGUUGGACUAUAUUCAGCCAGAUCCACCUGGCUAAUUCUAUUGCUGAAUAGUAUUCAAUUGGCAGUGAUGAGUUUUAGUGAAAAUUUUGAGAAAAGUCUUUAGUUUUAUGUUCAAAAUGACUGUUCUACCUAGCUAGUCCUGACUUUUGGUAAGCACUAUAAGUCAGUGUUUCAGUCAGAUAACAAGAAACUCAGUCAGUGAGUUAGUCUGUAAGUGAUGAAGUUAAUACAUUUGUCAGUUGGGCUGUCCACAAAACAGUCAACAGUCAUCAAUUCAGUUAGUUAGGUCAUUAGGAAAUCGUAUUGACCUAAGUACGUCAAGUUGUAUGUUCUUACCUGUAUAUUAGUCAGUUGCUUAGUAAGAUGGUCAGUAAGUCAUUGAUACAUGAAGAUCAAUACAUUAGUUACCAACAAGGCCAGUUGGUCAAUCGUUUAAUGUCAUUAAGCACGUCUGUUCAUGCUCUUUUUGUUUGUCAUUAACAAAAUUAUGGCAUCUCCCAGGACGUCAAUCAGUGAGAGUGUCCUCCAGUCUUUCAGUUGGACAUGCAGAUAUUAAUGCUGUAGCAAGUAAUUUAAUGUUAAACCAAUCUAUCUCAUCAUUUCACAGGUUUUUCAGCAGCAUGUUGUUCAAGCUUGCAGUCCUCAUAGUGUAGUUCAUUGUUAUGUCGAUCUAAAGGUUAGAGUGACAUGUUUCCUUUUAUAAAUUGGGGUAAGCUGCAUAAUCAUCUACCAUCAGAUGUAAGUGCUUACAUCUGGUGUUAAAGAGUUUGACUUCAAGGCUGAAUGUCAAAUCAUUUAAUAUGUUAGCUAAUACCUCUGAUAAUAAGAUUUAUCCAUCUGGCCCCAGUUGCUCAAAGGUUAGAUAGGGCUGUCCACCAGAUAAAUCACUAUCCAGUGGAAAAGUAGCAGGGUGCAAAAAAAGUCGGUUUUACGGCUUGCCAUUUGGGCAAGUUGUUGCUAGUGUGUACUAGCCUAAGAGUCUUUUAAGUAGCCCCAAAAAAUUCUUGAUGAGCAGCAUUGAUUACAGUUCUUCUGUAAUUCGAAUCUCCCAAAAACUUCAUUCCGGGCAAUCGGACACGACUUUCUGUGCACGCUGAAUAGCAGGGAAACAAAAUUGGAUAGAGAUUUAUCGAGUUUUGAUCCACCUUUUAAACAACUGGGCCCUGCCCUCUUUAAGUCCCAAGAGUGACAAAAAUCAAUUUUCUUCUAACAAUAUCACUACAUAAUCAAGAGAAAAUGUUGUGAGAAUAUAUAAAGUAAUCACUUCAUAGAAAAUGCUUUGAUCUUCAAACAAAUUCUCCAACUAAUUCAUUAAGGAAAUGUGUGGAGAUCAGUCUUGAGAAUCUGUAUUUGGAUAUUGGGGCUUAAAGAGUUAAUAACCCAGCCUCGUUCCCAGUCGUCCUCGGCGAUUUCGGAUGUGACGUCACCUGUCAAGCUUGUCGGGAUAAGCCUCCUUUUGUAACUCGGAUAGUGCGAACUGGCCUGGGUACGAGGCUGUUAGUAACUCAUGGGAAAGUGUAAUGUGAAGAACUCUUAUCCUUCUCUGCAGUUGAACACUUAUUAUCAUUGUACUUCAACUGCAAUUAACUGGUCUGUCACAAAACACAGGUUAUUCACAGCUGACUGUUUCCUUCUUGUACUCAACGCAUCAAACACUACAAUAGCUGUCAUUUAACAGCUCUUCAGUACUAAUGAUCAAAAAAGCUGCACGAUGCUCUAAAAAUAUGAAUGGUAACACAGUCAAGGUUUAAUAGCUUUACAAGUUUUUUAAUGCCAGAGCUAUUGUGAUUAUACAAUUUCCUUGCUGGACAGGGAACCUUCAUCUGUGUUUUUUGUACUUGUUACUAAUGAAACGUUUUUCAUGCUUGUAGACAGGCAUCAGAAUGCAUUAUGUGGAGAUGGGACAAGGGCCGACAGUCAUUCUUCUUCAUGGUUUUCCUGAGUUCUGGUUCAUUUGGAAAUACCAGGUAUUUUUGAUUUACAGCUAUACUUUUGAUUCUUUGUAACUUUAAAUGCAGAACUAAUCACAUGCAUUCUGCGUUCUUGCUCUUGUGCAUGAUGUGGUCGUUUUCUUUUUUCUAGAGUACCAUAAAUAAGCUGUUAAUUUUGGCUCCCCCAUCUCUAAAAAAUUCCACCCGUCUUCUCCAACAAAAAAAAAAGAAAAAAGAAAUACGGAACCCCUCCCAUUUCUUCCAAGAAUGAACAAAACUGAAUAUUUCUAUCACCACGUAGUUAAAGGUCAUGAGAAAAAAAGGGAAAGGAUUAACAUGUAAGGACUUGACUGUAAAACAUAUUCUCCUCCUCAUUACAGCACUAACUAUAGGAGAUGUAUGGAGUAUCUGUGUGCUGAUAAUAGAGAAGAAAGGGUUAAAAGCCCCAACAUUCUAUUCAUCCCUCUUUCCCUAUUUGGUCAGACAUACAUAAAAAAAUCAGACACAAGUAAAAAAUAAACAUCCCUUUACCUUGCCCCUCCCAAAGGUACAUAGGGAUCAAUGUACAUGUACUUGACAUAACUGGAGUACUACUGGUUCAGAAGUGAAGUAACUCUCAUAAACAUAGGAUCAUAGUAUAUCAUUAGAGGUAGAAGUAAAAUAAUAUAGGAAUAUUUUUCGGUUAUUUGUCCUUAGAUCACGGCUCUUGCAAUUGCUGGUUACAGAGUAAUAGCACCAGAUCUACGAGGAAUGGGAGAAACCACUAGCCCUUAUGGUAAGUAAUAACAUGGAUGUGACAGUGCUAAAUAAGAAUCAUUGCUUGGUACAAGUUAGACUACAAGUAGUCUCCCUUUUUUGGUCUUGGUCUGUCAAGUGAAACCCGCGAGGCACAAAAAUGACCACACGUGCAUGACUGAAGGCACAAGAUAGAAGUGACGCAAAAAUAGAGAGACUCUCUUUUUCUUCUCGGGCUUCUACACUCGUUUUUCACAUCUCACAGCUUGGCCUCUCGAUGCUCACUCGUGUGUGCACUCCCUUCACUAAAUCUGAAGAAAAAGAGAAACUGCUCGCAGUUUAAGUAGAAUUGUUUUUCCUAGUAUCUUCUCUUGCUUAAUUUAUGACUUUUUUAUCACAUUUUUUCUAGACAUUGGUGCGUAUGGUCGUGAAAUGGUCUGUGCGGUGAGUAAAGUAUUAUGCGUCAAAUCUUUCAACAAAUAUGCGUAGAUCUAACAUGUAAUUUUAUAAUUUGUUAUUUUUCUCAGGAUAUUAUUGCUUUGAUGAAUUCUUUGGUAAGAGUUAAAAUAUUUACAAUAAUAUUUAUUAUCUAAUCUUUUUUGAAAUUUCAGAAGAAAAAGAUAUCAUUUGUUUUAGUGUUUUUAUGACAUCUUUAUAGCUUCUUUAUCCUCCCCAAAAGAAAUUUUCCAAACUGUUUUCUAGACGUUUUCUGUGGUGGCGAUGGGGAGAAUAAAUAUUAUUGGUUGAAAUAACAGAACAUUUUUAUAUUUGACCAUUUCCCAUGGUUAUUUAUUUUUUUUUCCAGUUUUACAAUGAUAUCAUAAGGAGAAUUUAGAGAUGCCUAUUACGUUUAGGGCUUUAAGAAAAUGAUGACGUACGUUACACUGAAUCAUUUGACCAUAUCAGUCUUCCUUAGGCGUACGCUGUAUUUUAAUAAUUCAGAAUCGGCUCCUGAAUAAUUUUAUUAUUUUCUCUUAGUAUAUUCAGCAAGCUACAGUAGUAGGUCGCGAUCUUGGCGGAUUUAUUGCAUGGGACCUCAGUCUUCAUUAUCCUGAACGUAUUUUGUGAGUCAGUUUAUACUAUUGUCUGUUAUCGAGCCGUGUAAUAAGACCCCUCUUUUUUUAAAGGGUGACCGGUCGUAUGCCUACGACUCGUUUCGCUAGCGUCCCGUUCGCUAACUUCUUAAGUCGUUCCGCUUAAGAAACAAAACAAGCGCUGCACGUGAAUAUAUCUUGUUCUUCAGCCAUGACACGAAAAAGUCCAAUACACAUGUAUUUACCUCCUUUACCUUUAAGCCAGUGAUCAGGCGAAACUAAUCUACCAGGUUUGCGAAAAGACUUAAAACGUUUGCAAAUAGGUUGUUGGCCAAACGACUCGUAGGCGAAACGUCCAUAAAUAGAUAUAAGGGAGGUACCCUAAGUUAUUACUUACAGUUACAAAAGACUUGGCUUUUUUUCACUUGGUUACUCAUGGGAAGGCUGCCAGGGUUCUAUCUAGGAUUUAUCAUUUGGCGGAGAAGUCCCAAGUGGCCGAAGACCACGAGAUUCCUAGGGGGUCCGGUGACAUGCUGCCCCGGAAAUUUUUUGAAAUGAAUAUGCACUGAGAUGUAAUCUGGUGCAUUUUGAGACACAAUUUUGAGAAAUGUUACAGUCUGUGCACUGACCUCGUCGCGUCUGGAUGAUUUUUUUUGAUAUAGGUACUUAUAUACUGUAAUGAUAGAAAUAUUUUUUGGGGGGAGGGGGGAAAGCUGGGCAUUUUUUUUGCGGGGGGGGGGGAAGCUUCUAACCCUCAAAUACCCUAGAUAGAACUCUGGCUGCCCAAUAAAAUUUGGACUUCUGAACAUUUAUUUGGAGUGGCAGGUUGUCCCUCAGUUUCUCAUUAAAGAAACAAAACAAAACACGCGAAAUGAGACAGAGAAACUCGCGCCGUGGUGCGCAUUUCCAUCCGGCGCUAUACGUUCUUUCUGAGAAGAUAACAGAUUACUCGUUUUUUAGUUAUCGGUUAGACAAUGUAUGAAAAAGAAAUUCAAAUGCUCAUAACUCUCAUUAGCUGGGCAGACUUCCAUUCAAGUUAUAUCGAAUCAGUAUUUUGCCCUUUUCUAUCUCGGCAGGGCUGUUAUAAAUAUGACACCUUUUAUACCUACCUCUCCCCACGUCAACCCGCUGGAAAGAUUACAAGCAAAUCCAGGAAUAUAUCAAUAUCAACUUUAUUUUCACAAGGAGGUUUGUAUUAGGUUUUUCGGUUUCUUCAUGAAAUGUAGUUUUAAUGAACAGGAACAGGAAGGAGCACAAGCAAUCGGAGAGGUGAAAGGAGAGCGGAAACAGAGGCUAUGAGUUCAUUGAUAGCCGGUCCACAGACGUUUUUGCUUUUUUCAGUCUUGUUUUCAGUAAUUUCGCCACCAAGACCCCCUUGCGCCAAUUUUCAAUGAAUUUUGAGUGGUGUAGAGUAACAGUAACGGUUCCGAUACGGUAAAACGGGCAAAAAAGGUGCAAUUUGUUUUGCAACGUUGCUGAAAACAAGUUGAAAAGCGAUGAUGUGCGUUUUACCACCCAUGUUCAAAUCUGUUAACAACCUGAUUUGUUGAAAGAGAGGCUUGAUGUGGAUUGCAAAACGCGCAACAUCACUAUUCAACUCAUUUUGCUGCAAUGUUGCAAGACAACUUGGAUGUUUUUUGCUGCCCGUUUCUCCGUACCUGUAAGGCGAACAGAUAAAGGCGCGAAAUUAGAAAACAAGCUAAUCUACCACGCAACUGGAGUAGUUAGUAAUAGCGAUGCUUAUACACGUUCUUUUUUAACCCAUUUAUCUUUUUAUAGGGCGUUGCAGAAGAGGAACUCCAGAGAGACAUAAGAAGAUCAUUUAUUCUGUUAAUAAGAGGCGCCUCUGAUGUGGUAAGAGUGAACGGAGACGGAAAAUAAAUCGUGUUUUCUGUUAAUCCUUCUCAACUAUGAGAGACUAGUAAUCGUUGGUCCUGUCUUACAGGUUUUUAAAGUAAGCCUCAGCGAUGUAUUGGAAAGAGGUAAGCAAGUGUUGUUUAAAUUUAACCGCAGUUUAUAUUCCCAAGAAACCAAUAAAUCCCUUCUUGACAAAACGCGUAAAUUCGAAUUAUGUCUUCAAGAAGGACAUCAAGAGUUGCGCCGGAAGCAUUCGUGAAUGCGAAGUGUUCAUGCACGAAAGCUCCAUUUGAAACACCGUAUGCUUUUGCGUGCCCGCGCGUUUUGCACAAUUCGGGGUCUUCCGUCCUUCAUGAUGAUUUUCGCCCUCUGAGAACAGAAAUUGAAGACCCGGAACGCUUGACGCAUUGACGUGCAGUAAAUCACAAGGCGGUCUUUUUUAGGAUCGUCCUUGAAUUACAGUACAAAGGAUUUUUACAACUUUUAUAGGAAAAAUAGAUCUCAGUAAGUGCUAAUGCAAUCCAAAUUAAAAAUUGGCUACAACUUUGCAUUCCCAGAACUUUUCCUGAAAUUCCCUGGAAGAUGCGAAAUAACCACUCUUUUCUCCUACGGAAACCUUUCGGCCUGUCUCCGAAAAUCGGAGACUUGUGUGCUGAUUUUUACUUUAUUAUAAAUAAUUUUGUCAGGUGGGCUGUUUGCUGGUGUGCCAGAUAACAUUGAGAAAAGCUGGAUUCUGACCGAUGAAGACCUCAAGUAUUUUGUGGAGACCUAUUCUAAGACAGGAUUUCGGUAGGUUCUUUUAACCCGGCUUCAAAUCCCAAGAGUGAUCGACAUCAUUUUUCUCCUAAUGAAUAUCAAUACAUAGUUAAGAGUAAAGGUUGCAAGAAUUGUAUAUGGUUAUACCGGUUUCCGUAGCAUGAAAAGACAAGGAGUAUUGCUACGGACCUCAAUCAGAUCCAGAGUUGGUACCCAUUUAUACACUUGGGUGAAGAGAGACAAAGUGGAGUAAAGUUCCUUGUCUAAGGAAACAACGCGACGGGCGAGGCCUGAACCCUGGACCUCAAGAUCCAAAGUUCGAGGUGUUAACCACUCGGCCACACAUGCCUAUAGAAUUAUAAAAGGUGUCGUAAAACUCAGGGAAAAUUGUUUGAUCUUUAAAACAAAUUCUUUCAACUAAUUCUUUAAGGAAAUGUAUGGAGAUUAGUGUGGAGAAUUUGUAUGUGGAUAUUGGGGCUAAAAGGAUUAAAGAAGUGAAGGGAAUGAAACUAUGGUACCGCGUCAGUGAGAUCUAAUCUUCCUUCCAAAACCAAACUUAUUUUACAAAAUCUGGAAUAUUUUUUUUCUCCAUAGAGGGCCAUUAAAUUGGUAUAGAACCAUGGAAAAAGACUGGCGAUGGAAUUGCAAGAUAGCUGGACGCCAGGUGACAAGCACUUAGAAUAUAUUUCAGUGAUGGAUCGGUUCUAUGCCCUAAUUUUAUAGUAAAACCGCCUAUAGUAAGCAAAUUAUAUCCUAACGUGGUUUACUAAUCGCUGUUCAGACCACAAGGAAAUUUUCGGAUUUCACUAUUUCACUAUUGUCGGAUUUCCAUUUCCCGAACCCUCUUCCAGUUAACUUAUCACAGUUAUGGCCAAAAAUGCUUUCCGAUUGAUGCCAUAUUUUCAUAACGUUUGCCUUGUAAAAAUCUCUUUGGAAUACUGGUUCGCACAGCCUAGCCCUUAGGCGUUGCGGCUCUGUUUCAGCUGGAAUCUACUUUCGCGCAAUGACGUCACCGAGAAUAACAAACCAACCUCGUCCCCAGGGCGCUUUUCCCUGGCUGGGGACGAGGUUGAAGAACGAGCAACGCCGUUCUCUCGCCCGGCUCCGGUCCAGACUACGCUACAGCAGUUUUGCAUGGUCAAAGACAUAGAAGAACGCGUAAGAAAUAGGUUGUGGUUCGCAUAUUGAACUUCCAGUUAAUUAUGAGUUGCCUGCUGAAGCUUAAGGGAAUUCAUGCACCCAGUCGUGGCAGUAUCGAGGAUAAAGUCGUAUUAUUUUGAGCUUUUCACUCCGUCUGCGCUUUUUCCAUGAUUUUUUUCAGUUACUAAAUGAUUUGUUUGCAAUCAAAACAGGUUCAACAGCCAAGUUUAAUGAUCACAACAGGAAAAGAUAUUCUAAUUAAACCACAGUUUUGUGCCAAAAUGGAUCAGUGGGUAAGCAAAACAUAGCAAUAAUCUUUUAAGUUAAAAACUUUUUGGGGUAGAGAAAAAAAUUCGCUAAAGCAUUGGUAGAAACAGGAUAGUAGGACCCCGUCCUCUCCUAGAGCAUGACCGUAUUUGUAGCCCGUUGUUCCAGCCGGCUAGUAGUUAGUCGGAAAAUCGAGCGUCGACAUCAAGGAAAAAAAUCUUUCACUCGACCUCUCUGAAAGCUUGUAACAUUAGCGAGCUUAAGAAAUGACGGCAGUGACGACGACCACAACAACGUAAAAAAAAUGGUUUUGUGAGCAAAACAACAGCUUUGUGCGUGUAUCACACUUUUUACUAUAUUUUCUUGACGUCCACUGUACGACUACGACGUGAAACCUGAUGCGACGUUUUAUGGAGGACGUGAAUACACGACGAAGUAACUCUUAUGUUUUUGAAACGGCAUAUUUUUACACGAAUCAGCCUUCCUUCCACGCGAAACCAGAGAUGCCACUCACGAAAGUGCUCUCUAGAUUGGUUUAAGGUACCUUCAACAUAAACCCGGGUAAAAAAAUGUGCGGUUUCAAAAACAGUACGGAUUCGUUUGGACUUCUCGCGCUUACACCCAAGUUGGAUGAGCACGUUUGCGGCUACGUCCAAUGCAUUAAGGAUCACGUUUACAGCCAACACGCAACGAAAAACGGUGGAGAUGACCAUACCAAUAAACCACUGCUUAAACGAUAACUUUGUUGACCGAACAGAGAAAACUUGACUUACUAACUCGGAGUAAAAUCUUGGGAUAAGGCGGCGAGAACCGCUUGUUGCUGCAUGGUAUUGUACUAUCAUUGGUCAUCGUUUCACAUUUAUUUACUAUUUGUAGGUUUCAAAACUAGACAGAGCGCACAUUGAAGAGGCUUCCCACUUCUUGACCCUGGAAAGGUAUGAAAAAAGUGUUUGUUGCUCUCUACAAAAAACUUGCCUGAUCGUUCUGAAAAAAAGACCAAUUUCUGUAGUUUAGUCCUUCCUUGAACGCCACUUCAUCGGCAAAAAAAUUGUAGCAAAUUUCAGUGAAAGGAAACACCUAUCUCUUGAACUGGAUUCCACUAAAUACUUUUAUCAAGAACGCGUUUUAACGUGGUUUCUUCUCUAUAUAAAAAAAAGCCGAGUCGAAAGAACGUUUUUGGAAAGAAUACAGGGGCUUUUUCUACUGUUUUAAUUCUAAAUAGCCUGUGAAAUUCGUGUAGGACGAUGGACUUAAUAGGCCCUUGCUAAUAUCAUUAACUUGUAGGAUUACCGUAUUUAAUGGAUAAGCCCCGCGGCGGCAUUUCUUCUCUGCAGGCGCUCUUUUGAGUUAUUACGCUGGGGCUGUAAAGUUUCUUUUGAAUAAAGAAUGCUCUCUGAUUGAAUGAUUAUUUUCUUUCCCCUAGUCCCUUGGAACUCAACAGAAUUAUGGUGGAGUGGUUAAACAAAGUGUACUCAGUGCAUUGUGAUUCUUCCAAGCUGUAA